CGAUUCCACCUCCUCUGCCUCCCCGACAGACAACAUAUCUCCCACUGAUUCCUCUCAAAACAACAACACCUCUCACAGCUCUCCCACAGACAUGGCGGCGGUCCUCGCUCCCAACCAGCCCACCAUCCUCCCCACCGCUGCCAUCGGCGGUGUCAACAAACGCUAUCGUCCUGCCCCUGCUAAGACUUUCCAAUGCAGAGGGUAUGGCGAGUGUCGCAUGGUCUUCAGCAGAAGCGAACACCUCGCGAGGCACAUUAGGAAGCACACCGGAGAGCGUCCCUUUACCUGCCACUGCGGCAAGCAAUUUUCUCGCCUCGACAACCUCCGUCAGCAUGCCCAGACCGUCCACGCCGACAAGCAGGACCAGAACGACCGCAUGAUGCGCGACCUCACCACCCUCCACGCCUCCAUGGCUGCUGCCAACAAGUCUACCCAGACGCGUGGCAAGCAGCGUCCCAACCAGUCGCCCACCCAGUCAUCUAUGCUUCCGGCUUCCCACCACUCUACCACCGCCAACGAACACGGUCUCCGCGGGCUGGACCAAGUCAAGGAGGAGGAUGACAUGUCCUCUUCCUCUCUGCCCAUGCAUCAACGUCCAGGUACGAGCACGGGUUACGAGGGUGGCAACGACAUGAUGUACCAGAGCUCUUGGAACACUGGCGAUUUCGAUCGUGGUCCUGGUCACUCGCAUCCGCGGCCUCCCAACAACCAUUCCUUUCGUGACUCCAGCCAGUCCUUUCGUGUCCCCCCAGCAUCCACUUCUUCAACCAUCGGCCAGCAGUCGCAGUCCUUUCUCCCCUUCUCCAACACAUUCAGCUUCAGUGUCCCCCCACGGGAUGGUCGCCCCGGAUCUAGCCACAGCCGCCCACCAACAACAGGUGGACUCGACCAGAAUGCUCGAACACUCCCGCCUCUUUCUGCCGUUGUCUCCGCAACCGUCGCCCCACCACCAUCCGCUCAGCAGCCAUUCCCCCUCCCACCACAGUCAACACAACACAUACUUCCCCUAUCAGGCGCCUCUGCAUUCACCCGCCGACCUUCCACCGCAACACGACCAGGCACCGCACCAGCAUCAUACUUCGGCUCAAAACCUGCUUACGCCGGAGGGCCUGGACUGGUCUAUCAGUCAGAGCUUCCCCUUCCAUCAUAUGGAGGACGUUCAGUCGAGCUGGCAACAGCAGGGUCAGCAGCAGCCUACCACGCCGGCUACGAUGCAGAGCCACCAUCUCCAACUACAGGCGCGUACGACUCACCAUUUUCCUUCCACCCACCGGCGAUCUCCGAACAACAACCCGGGUCCUUCGCCGCUGCACCGGCAAACCCUCGCAAGCGACCUCACCCAGGGUCCGACGACGACGAUGGACCACGAGGCGUUCCAGCGCCAGGCGAAUAUGACUACGGCUCAGAGUCGCGCCCUCAGUCUCGGCGACUCACAGUCAUGGAGCUCUGCAAUGACUCCGAUGCAGAUGCAGGACUUCGACCGCCAACUGGUACAGCAGCAACAGCAACAGCAGGCGGCGGCGCUUCGCGGCCAACUACAUCGUCGGGACUCGUCUCAUCAGCAUCCAAUCUCGCCCUCGUCGAUCGAUCCCCCAGCGGCAGCUCAGUAUUCGCAGGAGUUACGCUACCAGCAAUUGCAGCAACUUCACCGGCAGCGG